GAACUGCUAGUUGCUAUGGCAGCGCGGCCUGUUCAGUGUUCACCAGUUCAUUAUUAUAUGUGUCUGUAGUAGUCAGCGGUAUGUUUGGCCUGGGAAGCCUUCGUCCGGAGCGGGUGGUCUCUGACUGUGAUAGGAAGAAGUUUAUGAAAGUGUUUGAAUCCUGUGAUGAAGGCAGUAAAGGUUAUCUCAGCAGAGAAGAUCUGAAAGUGGCCGUGGUGAUGCUAUUUGGGUAUAAACCUUCCAAGGUGGAGAUAGACUCCAUGAUAUUAUCAGCACAGACAAACUCUACAGGUGUGAAGGUUCAUGACUUUGUAAAAAUGAUGACUACAAAAAAAGCAGCACAGUUAAGCUUUGGAGAGCAGAGGCAAAUCUUCUCUGUGUUUGAUGCAAAUUGCCGUGGAUUUCUUACAGUUGAAGAUUUUAAACGCGCUUUUAGAUACGUGGCCCCACACUUGAAUGAACAAACAGCUGUUGAAGCUUUCAGGUAG